UAAGGAAAAAUCGUACCAAAAAAAUAAAAUAUCUAUGGUUCGACUAUUGUAAAUUGUAAAUUCGUCGCUCGUGUAGGCCGCUACAACUAAUAAAAUGGCCCAAGGGAUUUCUCCACAAGAAAUAGAGGCUCUAUGCCAAACGCCGGAUCCCACUACCAAGGAUUUUAUGUUCCAACAAACAAUGUACAGGAUCAAAGAUCCAAGGAAGACCAUACCUUUUUACACUGGUGUCCUCGGAAUGACAUUACUUAAGCAACUGCAUUUUCCAGCAAUGAAGUUUUCGUUGUUCUUUAUGGGUUAUGAGAAUCCAGCCGAAGUACCGAGAGACGAUGACGCCAGAACUAAAUGGGCCAUGACUAGGAAAGCCACGUUGGAAUUGACAUAUAACUGGGGAACAGAGAGUGACGACUCAAGCUACCACAACGGUAAUUCAGAUCCUCGCGGUUUUGGACAUAUUGGUAUACUUGUGCCGGAUGUGGACGUAGCGUGUGCUAGAUUUGAGCAGCUAGGUGUUAAAUUUAUUAAACGUCCCAACGAUGGUAAAAUGAAAGGCCUAGCUUUCAUUCAAGACCCGGACGGUUACUGGAUAGAAAUAUUCACAAGUAAUGUUGUUUGAAUGUGUACUGUAUUGAAAGAUACCGGUGUAACACAAGGAAAGCCACUCAUCAAUCCAGCCAUACCAACAAAAUGCCUAUAUUUAAUCAAAGUUUUACAAUAUUAGUGUAUUAAAUAAUCAGGCAGCAGGAACAAAAUUAGUAUAAAAUAGCUGGCUAGCUAUAAACAGUGUCAAUUAAAUUAUUGUAACUGGAUAUCUGUGUCACCGGUUCCAGAAAAAACUACAUUGGGGAGCCAGCAAACAAAGGGCAGUGUAUAUUUUUUUAAAUUACCAUUAAUCAAGUUGUGUUAUUUUCUUUAUAAAAGCAAUUGUACAAAUUAAACAGUACAUUAUAAAAAAUAAACUAGGACAGUUUGGGGGGAAACAACAGCCAAUGUUGUCCACGGUGAGCUAUGCUAUGCUGUCAUGCUAACAUAACUCCAUAAAUGUGUUGAUGGUUUUCUUAAACAUAUGUUUUAAGCAAUAAUUGAAAUUCCUGUGGGAUAUUGUUGUAAAAUUCCCUAAAAGAUUAGUUUUUUUAUUCCAUAUUCUAGCCGUUGGAAAAUAAGCCUAUUAUUGUUCCCGGUACCCAUAUUGUGCACUGCAAUAAUUAAAUAAAAUCUAUUUUAACGAUUUAGCUCUUAGCAUAAUGAUGAUGAACAAGAAAAGAAAGAUGCUAAAAGUGUGACUAAUCAUUGUAGGUAUACACCCAAAUGACGUCACUAGUGUCGAAGGCAAUUUUUCCUUUCACUACUUCUGUUUUUAUUUUUUUAUUUUUUUUAUUCUCCAGAAAUAUAACAUGUACAUUAAUUUGUCCUGAUUUCCGUACAUUGAAUUUUCAAAUAUUGAAUUAACACAACUAAGUUCUGAAAUAUUUGAUAUAAUCAGUAAAAAGUUGUCUAUAUAUUAAGUGAAAAACGAUUUUGGAAUGUGGUUAUUCCUCUGUCUAUACAUAAUUCAUAGAGAAAAACAGUUAAUGCAUUUCUUUUUAUUUGAAAUAUUGUUGAUUUUAUGGAAAAAAAUAUUAAUAUGUAAGUACUAACAUAUAUUUGACGUUAUAUACAA